CCCAUACAAACGCUGAUAUUUCACCCACACACUCCAUCCACCGAAGAAUUCACAAAGCAGAUUCAUCAGAUCCUCCCAUAGAGCCCUCAACCGUCUUCUUUCUUUUACUUUCUCUAUCUACACUAAAGGAAAAAGAAGAAAAAGUUGUUUCAAUCUGUGUCAGAACCUUAUCGCCUCAGCUACCAUGAACCCUCUAGGUUAUUUCUGUUGAGAUCUAUUAAGGGGUUUUGAAACCUCUGUCGUAUUUCUUAAAACCUGGUUCGGAUAUCGUGUUGUGUGGAUAACAAGGAACAAGUGAAGAAAUGCAGAGACCUCCACAAGAAGACUAUUCUCUCAGGGAGACUAACCCCCACCUUGGUGGGGGGAAGGUCACCGGAGAUAAGCUCACGAGCACCUAUGACCUCGUUGAGCAGAUGCAGUAUCUAUAUGUUCGAGUUGUAAAGGCAAAAGAUCUGCCGGUGAAGGACGUGACGGGUAGUUGUGACCCUUACGUUGAGGUUAAGCUUGGUAACUAUAAGGGAGCAACACGUCAUUUUGAGAAGAAGUCCAACCCUGAAUGGAAUCAGGUGUUUGCUUUCUCAAAGGAACGGAUUCAGGCCUCUGGGCUUGAGGUUACGGUGAAAGAUAAGGAUUUUGUGAAGGACGAUUUUAUGGGUCGGGUUGUGUUUGACUUGAAUGAGAUUCCUAAAAGAGUUCCCCCUGAUAGCCCGUUGGCCCCACAGUGGUAUAGGUUGGAGGAUAGGAAGGGUGAUAAGGUUAAAGGAGAGCUGAUGUUGGCAGUUUGGAUGGGUACUCAAGCCGACGAAGCAUUUCCUGAGGCAUGGCAUUCAGAUGCUGCGACAGUUAGCGGCACUGAUGGUCUUGCAAAUAUCAGGUCAAAGGUUUACCUCUCACCUAAGCUGUGGUAUCUAAGAGUCAAUGUGAUUGAAGCUCAGGACUUGCAACCGACUGAUAAAGGUCGAUAUCCAGAAGUUUUUGUGAGGGCCAUACUGGGAAAUCAGUCGUUGAGGACUCGAGUGUCGAUGAACAAGAGUAUCAAUCCUAUGUGGAAUGAGGAUUUGAUGUUUGUUGUUGCAGAACCAUUUGAGGAGCCAUUAAUUUUGAGCGUGGAAGAUAGAGUUGCACCCAACAAAGAUGAAGUCCUUGGAAGAUGUGCCAUUCCUCUUGCAUAUGUAGAAAGGAGACUGGAUCAUAGACCUGUGAAUACAAGGUGGUGUAAUCUUGAGAAACAUAUCAUUGUUGAAGGUGAAAAAAAGAAGGAUUUCAAGUUUGCCAGUAGGAUUCAUAUGAGAAUAUGCUUGGAGGGUGGUUACCAUGUUUUGGAUGAAUCAACUCACUACAGCAGUGAUCUUAGACCAACAGCUAAACAGCUAUGGAAGCCCAGCAUUGGGGUCCUUGAGUUGGGUAUUUUGAGUGCUCAUGGGUUGUCACCGAUGAAGACAAAAGAUGGGCGAGCAACUACUGAUGCUUACUGUGUUGCCAAAUAUGGGCAGAAGUGGGUCAGGACAAGGACCAUCAUCGACAGUUUUGCUCCCAAAUGGAAUGAACAAUACACUUGGGAAGUUUCUGAUCCAUGCACCGUCAUAACCAUUGGUGUAUUUGAUAAUUGUCAUUUGCAAGGUGGAGAUAAAUCUGGGAGGGACUCACGAAUUGGAAAGGUGAGGAUUCGCCUUUCUACCCUUGAAACUGAUCGUGUGUAUACACAUUCAUAUCCCCUUCUAGUUUUGCAUCCUCCUGGGGUAAAAAAGAUGGGUGAAAUUCAUUUGGCUGUGAGAUUUACUUGCUCGUCCUUGUUGAAUAUGAUGCAUAUGUACUCGCAACCACUGUUGCCCAAAAUGCACUAUAUUCAUCCAUUAACUGUCAGUCAGCUUGACAGCUUGAGGCACCAGGCUACUCAGAUUGUUUCGAUGAGGCUGAGUCGUGCUGAGCCGCCUUUGAGGAGGGAAGUAGUGGAGUAUAUGCUGGAUGUAGGUUCUCACAUGUGGAGUAUGAGGAGAAGCAAAGCAAACUUUUUUAGAAUCAUGGGAGUUUUAAGUGGGUUAAUUGCUGUUGGAAAAUGGUUUGAUCAGAUAUGCAACUGGAAGAACCCCAUUACAACCGUUCUGAUUCACAUUUUGUUCUUAAUACUGGUUUUAUAUCCUGAGCUAAUUUUGCCCACUAUUUUCCUCUACUUGUUCUUAAUUGGAGUUUGGCACUACAGAUGGAGGCCAAGGCAACCUCCCCACAUGGAUACUCGCCUCUCCUGCGCUGAUAAUGCUCAUCCUGAUGAACUAGACGAGGAGUUCGAUAAUUUUCCUACUACACGUCCUCCAGAUAUUGUGAGAAUGAGGUAUGACCGUUUGAGAAGCAUUGCAGGGAAAAUCCAAACAGUGGUUGGCGAUUUGGCAACGCAGGGGGAAAGGCUACAGUCUCUGCUGAGCUGGAGGGACCCAAGAGCUACAGCUUUGUUCGUAAUUUUCUGUUUGGUCGCUGCCAUUGUUCUCUAUGUCACGCCUUUUCAAGUGUUGGCUCUUCUUGCAGGAUUCUAUGUUUUGAGACAUCCUAGGUUCCGUCACAAGCUUCCUUCCGUGCCCCUCAAUUUCUUUAGAAGGUUACCUGCUAGAACAGAUUGCAUGUUGUGAGCAAUCUGUGUUUGGGCUGUCUAAGUCCAUUGUUUUUCAGAAACUGCUGAUAAAUGGAUUCUUUUCUUUGUUACACCAAACGGUGAACUUUGGUCCCUGGUAAGAUGUGUAGGAUCUCUCCUGGAACUUGCAGAUUUUGGGGGUUUGCUGUCUGUUUGCUAGGAUUUCUGAUGUAAAGUAGGUUCUGUGGCGACAUAUCCUUGGUAAUAAUUUCAAGUCGCACAAGUUGUCAUUUAAUUUAAUAUGCUCUGGACAAUUUCUGUCUUUCAGUUCUACUAGGAGUUUAUUUGAAAUGAAUUCGGGUGGUUUUUUUAUUGAAAAUGAUGGAUAGUACUUGUAGUAAA